GACAUUUUGUGCUCUUUCUUGAAACCAAACUUUCUAUCACGUUACUCAACAGCAACAACAACAUCGUCUUUGCAAGAUGUCUGAACAACCCCUCUCAAUGGAGCAACUCGAAACCAAAGCCUUUGAAGAAGUGGUAAAUCUUCUUACUAAGUUACCCACGCCCGACGAAACCGCUUACGACAUUGAAAAAAACACCGUCAGAAUUUUCAACGACAGCGAAUUUAGCACCAACUAUCAUGACAUUGACAUUGAAGAAUCUUUGAGCGACGUUCGCCACAAGAUGUACAAUAAUCUUCAUAGCCAGGCCAAUUGGAUUUUGUGGAACCUGCCAUUGGGUACAGUCAUGACUUUGACGGAACACAACAACACUCUCGAGAAAGGCCAGUCAGUGUUUGAUCUCAAUAAUUCCGGACGAUGCAUUGACUUGGUCGGUACCGGGAAGACGGAAGCAGUGGACCUUGGAAAGAUGGGUAUGGAGGAUUGCAUCAAGGGGUUCUUCUGGCGGAAGGUGGAUUUGAGGAUGGGGGCAUUUGAGCUUUGGGACUACAAGAUGCAGGACACCAAAAAAAACGAAAUGGGAGCCCGUCAAAUCAUAUUCCUGGGAGAGUGGGCGCCAGACACUGUCCACGCGUUGUGGAACUGGAACAUGACUGAUAGAGUCAGUUCUGCGCGCUGGAACUCCCUUGUUGACCGACAAACCGUUACUCUUUUCGAACAUAUAGAUGGUGGGGGAAGUCGGUACGAAAACAUCAAGGGAUGGGGCAAGCACAAGGAAGAGAGGGAUUUCCACAACCUCGACUUUGGAGACAAGGUCAGUUCGUUCAGAUGGCACUCCAUCACCCCUAUCAAGGAAGAGGUUAAGCCCAUCAUCAUCCUGCCGGAUCAUUCCCGCAGCACCAUAGUGACCGGCGACAAGAGCGGGACAAACGACGGUGCUCAAAUACUACCAAGCAAAGUCACCAUCAUGCAAUCCAAAACCCGCGAAGUCACCGUCGAGACCAGCGACACGACCGCCGGAUCCGUCAGCGCCGAGCUGAAAACCACAACGAAAGCCGGCGUCGAAGGCGUCGCAACCAUGGAAGUCGAAUGGACCCUGGCCGUCCAACACAGCUGGUCUCACACUGCAACCACCAACACCAAAACCGCCAAAACCGACGCCAUCAGCAUCGAAGAGGGCUUCAACGUCUCCCCCCACUGCACCUACACCGCCAGACUCGAGGUCCGCGUCGGCAAACUCGAAAAUAAACUGUACAAGACCACCGCCACCCGCUGGUACAAACAGCCUGUGGUGGGCUCCACCAAGGACGGCCAUCUCUACAAGCGCGACGAACCCGUGUAUGUAAAUGUGUCCGGCAGUCUGCAUUUCACCACACACCUCGAUUACCACGAGAAGGAGAUUCCAAAAUCGAUAGUGAACCAGGCGAUUGAUCAGGGCCAGAAGGUGGGCAAUGGGGUAGUGGAUAAGGGGCAGGAAAAAGCUGGGGAGUUGAAGGGUAAGGGGCAGAAAAUGUUCGGGAAGUUGACGGAUACUGGAAUUCCAGGAAUGAUUUUUUAAGUACUCGGCACGACACCCUCCCCCUUCCUCCCUCAAGCUACAAUCAUAUGUAGCUUCGCAUCUCCUCUCCCUAUAACUAUUUUACUAGGUUUCCUGGAUAUUACUUGUUUCGAAAAAAGUUUUACUUAGGCUACUACUGUUCUAGGAUAGGUGAUGCCCUAUCUCUAUAAAGGUAAGAAGGAGGCGGAGUAAGGGGGCAGAGCUAUAAAGGGAACUACAAGUACUAUUCUAUUUAACUUAGCUGCGAUAUGGUGUAGGACCUUUAGCAACACAAUUCUAUUAGCACUCUAUAGAUUUUCUACAAGGGGCAAGCCUAUCACAGCUACGAAGAUAACCUAAUCGAGCUAGAGAACCACUAAAC